AUGCUAAGAGGGCUUUAUAGCAGUGGCAACGAUCAUCAAGACUUUGAUUAAAUAUCGCCAUAAAAAUAUUAGCCUAACUUUAAUCAAGAUUAGAUUUAUAUUAAUGAUCCCAGUUCCUAUUAAUAUGAGGAAACUAAGGCAAAUACUGAUUAUUAUGAUAGUGAAUAUCAGCAAAGAGAUUUUGAGAGCGUUCUUGUUGGCAAAGAGUAUUAAAUUGAAUUAAGUUUAAUCUUUUAGCUUGAUUAUUUAAAUUAACAGCUUGAUGAACUUGGAGCCAAAUUAAGAUUAUAUGAGUAAAGAAGGAAAAAUGAGUUUGAAGCAAAGAAGUGUGAUCACGAACCGAUUAUAAUGCAACUCGAAAGUAUUCUUAAAAUCAAGGACAAGGAAUAUACCAAUCUGUUGAACAUACAGCAAUCUUCACUUCAGCAGAAGGAUAAAGAGCUACAGUAAUUGCAUGUAAGGCUGAAGUAAGUGAGAGCGUAGAUAGAACAGUCAAAGGCAAAGAAGAUGCAUAAUUAGGCGUAGACUGUUGGCUAUGAAAAGAUAAAUGAACUAGAAUCAAAGCUGAGACUUACAGAGAAAAGGCAUUAAGAGUUGCAAGGAGAAUAGGCUGCACUUAAGCGCAUCUAAACUGAAUAGAGUAAAGCAUUGGAGCAAAUCGGAGACUCUAAGAAUUACCCUGGCAAAGUAAGAGCGUUGCUUGGAGAGAUGAGAGAACUUAGAGAUAAAAAUAAGUUAUUAGAGGAAAAACUUAAAGGCUUCGAAGAUAACAAGAGGAAGACUCACUCAAAGAUGCUUGGACUAGAAGAUAAAUGCAAAGAACUCAAGAUGAAGAUAAAUGCAGCAGAAGGAAAAGUAUUAGGAGUAGAAGGGGCAGAGGGUUAAUUUCAAGGAGUAAAUCCUGAAAACGUUAAACUAAGCCCAAGUAGAAAAAGAGAGAUGGAUGAAAACAAACAAAAUCUAAUCAAGAAGAUUCAGUUACUAGAAUAACAGAUUACAGAUAAAGAGAGGUAGAAUAGGACAUAUGCAUUUAAGAUCAGAGAAUAGUAGAUGAUUAAGGUUAAGGGGUGGGCCGAGAAUUAGGAUUUUUGA